AUGGUGGCAGGCAAGAAGCCUUACCCCAAGGCCACGCUGAAGAAGAUUGUCAAGGCGCAUUCGGGCAUGAACGUUCGGAAAAACACCGACAUUACGAUCUAUCUCAAUUAUGUCUUGUUUAUGAAUAGAUUGAUCAAGGAGGCGGCUAUACAUGCAAAGCAGUCGGGGGAACGAGGGUUGACCGCCAGGAGUGUGCGAAAGGCGACUCGAGAUGCCUUGGCCAAGUUCAAGGGCUGA